UAUGAAGUCGAAUACUUUUGGCUAAAUUUGGAGUCAAUACAUUUAUUCUUUCAGUUUGGCUGAUGCCAUUUACACUCGUCUCUGUUACAACUAUCCCCUGCCAUGUGGACCUGGAGGCUGUGUGUCAGAACAAAUGGCAGCCAAGGCAAUGCAUCAUGCAACCUGGGCAUUUGCUGAGAAUUUCACUGGCAUAGCUGAUGUCGCUUCUCAUCCAAUGCUGAUACAAAUAGCCAAGAGAAUGGUCAACAAGCCUCAGCACAAAUCUUCUCUCAAGUUUGUACUGUACAGUGGUCACGAUAGCACUGUCACGCCACUCUUAAUAAACCUUGGAGUUCAUGAUCGGACAAGAUGGACUCCUUAUGCCACACGUGUGGUUUUUGAACUCUGGAGAGAUACUCUUUUAGACUCUUCAAAGCAGUCAGGUUCUGUAGACAACUUUUAUUUCCGAGUUCUUGUCAAUGGUAAAGUGGUCACUAGUAAAAUGAAAUUUUGUGGUGACGCGUUGGUCAAAGGUGAACUUUGUCCUGUUCAAGAACUGGUCUUGUGGCUCUCUGAUGGGGCAGGAAUCAAAGGAAUGGAUGAGAAGUACAAGACACUUUGUUCAUGACUAUCCUUGGUUGAUUUACUAUUUGUAGCUGUUAUUUUUUUUUAAAUAAAAACUGAAGCAUUGCAAAAUGUAUCUCCAGAGUUUUGUUUGGCUAAGAAGGAAUCACUGACCCUUGACGCUCUUAUCGUUCGUCACGUGCUCCUUCGUGGAGGCAAGAUUGUGUGACGAGCCGAAAGCUUCAGCGUGGGAGGCCAGUAAAAGCACGGUCUAAGCUUCGAUCUCGUUUCUUAUGUACCAUUUAUUCCCGGUUCCAGCCCCUUUCUGAUGGUUCUUACUUCUUGGUGCUUUCUUCCAGGGAAAUGUAACUGAUGUUGCAAACUGUUCGCAAUUUCGUCCCUGCCCCCCCCCCCCGGAAUCCCUCUUCUUAGUCUCCUCAACUCUCGCCUCAGAAAGAGCCACCACUCCCGUGCCACCCCUCCCCGGCACUGGAUCAAGUCGUGUUCUCACUUUUGGGAUAAUUUGUUCUCCAUUUCCGGGAAAAAAAAAAACUUUUCUUGGAUGACAAUGAAUACUAACACCUGAAAAUGCACUUGCAGCAGAACAUUAGGCAAAUGCACAAGGGAAAACCCCUUGGUUGUCGUCUUUGGUUGUACGGUUAGGCUUAUAUCACACACGGUCUUCCGUGUUUGAUAUAUUAUGUCACACAUUAGAGUUUUGUCCAGACCUAAAAGUUAUUACAGCCUUGCACAGCGCAAAUAACAGUACCACUUGAAAGUACUGCUAAAAAGCUUCCAUUUCGAAUGGUCUCAAACUAUAAUGUCCUCUACAGUCUUAUACCAAGGUUCAAAUCUCCGAGUGUAAGGGAUAACAGUAGAAAAAGGUAUGUAUUUAUUCAAAUCACGAACUCCAAAUUGUUUUGAGAUAAAAUAUUUUUUAUUAUUCAAAACUAUCAAUCACACUUGAACUCACACCAGAUUCUUUUGAGAAAAAUUUCAAUUGCAUUACUAGAUCACGCUUUUACUAACUAGAAUGUCAGUAUAGUA